AUGAUGAAUUCACCUGACAUUUACAACCCUCCAGAACUACAAUUUUGCUUUGCCUUGGUCAACAAUUCAUGCCCUAGAAAUAUGAGGUCUAUGCUGAGUGUGUGUACCAUGUAUAUUGUCAUGAUUGGUGCUAUAGUGAUGACCAUGUUGGGCAACCUGGUUGUGAUAAUUUCCAUUGCCCACUUCAAACAGCUCCAGCAUCCUACCAACUUUCUGAUCCUAUCCAUGGCCACCACUGACUUUUUGUUGAGCUGUGUGGUCAUGCCUUUCAGUAUGGUCAGGUCCAUUGAGUCUUGCUGGUAUUUUGGAGACCUCUUCUGCAAAGUCCACAGCUGCUGUGACAUCAUGCUCUGUACCACCUCUAUUUUUCACCUCUGCUUCAUCUCAGUGGAUCGCUACUAUGCUGUCUGUGACCCUUUGCAUUAUGUCAUCAAAAUUACCAUCCCUGUAAUAGAGGUCUUUCUGCUCAUCAGUUGGUCUAUUCCCAUCUUUUUUGCCUUUGGCCUGGUAUUCUCAGAGUUAAACCUAAUUGGUACAGAGGACUUUGUUGCAGCCAUUGACUGCACAGGUUUGUGUAUAUUGAUAUUUAAUAAACUCUGGGGGGUGCUGGCUUCCUUUAUAGCCUUCUUUCUCCCUGGAACUGUAAUGGUGGGGAUUUAUGUACACAUUUUCACAGUAGCUAGGAAGCAUGCUAGGCAAAUUGGCAUGGGUCCUAUCAAGAGACAAGCUGGGUCAGAAAGCAAAAUGAAAGUAUCAUCCAAAACAGAAAGCAAGGCCACCAAGACAUUAAGCAUAGUCAUGGGAGUGUUUGUGUUGUGCUGGCUGCCCUUUUUUGUCUUGACAAUCAUAGACCCUUUCAUUAAUUUUACAACUCCUGAAGAUUUGUACAAUGUCUUCCUCUGGCUGGGUUAUUUCAAUUCCACUUUCAAUCCCAUUAUAUAUGGCAUGUUUUAUCCCUGGUUUCGAAAAGCAUUGAGGAUGAUUGUCACUGGAACAAUCUUCCACCCUGACUCUUCUACCCUAAACCUAUAUCCUGCAGAUACUUAGGCAAUGUUCUCCAUUCUCCAAGAUUCUUUCCUAGUAGGGAAUCUUGGAUGAUCUUUUCCCAAAAGUAGGGCCAUGAACUUACUGGGUAAGGAGAUUCCUCCAGUUGGUGUUAUGGACACUUAAGUAGGAGCAAUAGAUCUAACCUUCUGGGUGUACCAGAGCUACCAAAGUGGUUGGUUUCUGGAGUUCUGGGGAAGGCACCUCCAAUAAAAAGAAACUCUGUCGCAUGGCCUACUAAUUCCUGAAUUUACAAAAUCAGGGAUUUAGAAUUUCAUUCUUUUGGCUUAAACCCA